AUGGACUAUGUAGUACAGCCGGAGACCGAUGUACAAUGUUUAUUUGCCCAUGCAAUUACUUUGCCCCUGACCUUAUUACUUCGCACUAACUGUACUCACAUUGCUGCGAAAAUGAUUUUCGAUCCGAAUUCUAAUAGCCUGCCCAAGAGAUCAGAGCUUCCAGACGUUCCCGGAACUCCUAAAGGGUCAGCGUGGUUUUGGGGCAAAAAUGACGAACUUGGUCGACUAAAUCUCCUUACUCCCCAACGUCGGGCGGCAGCCUCAAAGUUGAUUAGGACUGGGGAAGUAGUAAGCCUAAACUGGUCAGCAGAACUUCCUGAUCCGCCCAUGUUUGGUCGAGAGCCGUUCAAGCACUCUAUAAAAUCACUUGGGCCUGCGGGAAAUGAUGAAGUGUUGUCGAUGAACUCCCAGAGCGGAUCACAGGCUUGGUCGACAGAGGGAGUAGUCGGAAGAGGUGUUCUUCUUGACUACUGGAGUUAUUGUGGAAAAUCUUAUGACGUCAAUACUAGACAUCCUAUCUCAGCCAAAGACUUAAUGGCCUGUGCGAAGGCACAGGGUGUAGAGUUUCAAUAUGGAGACAUUCUUCUUAUUAGAACGGGUUGGAUCGAGACUUACGAAGGACUGAGCAAAGAAGACCGGAUCAAGUUGACGGAAGUUCCAGCAUACCAGCACGACUUUGUCGGCGUUGACCAAACUCAUGAUAUGGCCGAUUUCCUUCACGACAAUUAUUUUAGUGUGGUUGCUUCUGACUCGCCGGCUUUCGAAGUCUGGCCGCAGAUCAAGGAGUGGAAUCACCAUAUCAACCUUUUACCGUUAUGGGGCGUCCCGAUUGGUGAGCUUUGGGACAUGGAGAAGUUAGCAGAGGUCUGCAAAGAUCGUCAACAAUACGCAUUCUUCUUCGUGAGCAUACCGAUGAACGUUCAAGGUGCGGUUGGGAGUUAUUCAAAUGCUAUAGCCAUGUUUUGA